CUACCGUUCACUAGUCCGUGUUUCCACAACCUCUAACCUCUUGCUAAACGUCAGCAUCUUCUACCCGCUGCCUUCUUCAAUCACUCCUGCUCUUAUAUCCACUCUCAGACUCCUCCUCACCCUUCAGCCAAUAUGCUCAUCACCUACCUCCUCGCACCCCUCCUCUUCGGGCUGGCGGCCCUCGCAGCUCCAGCUCCACUCACCGCCGACACGACGCUCACGCUCACCCUCUCCAACGACACCGCAUCUGACCUCGCCCCCAUCCCCAUCCCCGGCACCGGCGCCACCGCCUCCCACGGCCAGUGCUCCUUCCACAUCCGAGUCACCCAAGUCUGCCGGGCCAUCGAACCCAUCGAGCGAUACCGGCACGUCACCGACACGAUGGGCACAAUCCCCUUCAUCGUGAACUACGACGGGCACCGGCUGGUGCUGGCCGACGGCAAGCCGGCCUUCUUCCCGCACCUCAACGACCACACGUACCAUCUGGGCUGGCCGCAGGUGGCGCCGCACGUGCUGAAUGCCGGCGGCGUCGUCGAGGGCGACAAGGUGCUGUUCAGCUUUGACGAGUGCCACUGGAGGGAGGAUGCGCGCGGGGGCUGUGGACAUUGCAACGUUGGCGGGUGGACUGCGCCCGACUUGCAGUGUGAGAGCGAGCUGGGUCCGCCGAGGGGGCCGUCUAGGUUGCUAGACGGUGAGCUCGAGCGUUUACUGGUCCCGAUGGGUGGUCGAUCGAUGGAUUCGCCAAGCUUUCGAGGGCGGAUACGUGGCAAAGAUAGCUCGAACGGCAUUCCAUUCUGGGUCAAGGAGCACCAUCUGGAGCUAGCAGAUGUCGGCUUUCUUUCCUCAGACUUGUGUAUGGGGGUUUUGGGAUGCGGGGAUCGCCCAGGGUCGGGCCGGUCAUGA